AUGACCUUUCGGAUGUUUACCUUGUACCUGGCUGCCUACAGUGUUUGGUGGAUGGACCUUGCAGGUGCAACCACCAAGCUGCCAGGAUGUCACCUGACCAAACAAAAAGUGAGACUGGAGAAAGAAGGAUGUUUCUCUUGUCACCUAGUGGAGACUACCAUCUGUACUGGAUAUUGCGCCACAAAUUACCCGAUCUCCUACGAUAUGCCCAUUGAAGUGCCUAACGUUUGUAUGUACGAGCAUGAAUACCACCAACAAUACGAGCUGUCUGACUGCCUUCCAGGCGUAGACCCUAUGGUCAAGUACCCAGUGGCGCUGAAAUGUAAAUGCGCUGCCUGCUCCAUCCUCACAUCCAACUGUAACGAAGCACCCAUGGAACACGUCAAAUCUGACUUUUGUUCACAGAUGUCAGCCAAGUAA